UGAACGAUAAAAUGUGAUAAUUGAUAAUAAUAAACUUAAUCUCCUCCUUAAAUCUAAAAUUGUGACGGUAUUGUACAGUAUUUAGUUCGUUUCACAAUAAAAAAAACUUGAUAAAAUUAAGUUUGUGAAUAAAGUGAGGUUAUGUCAAAUUUAUACAAUUUUUACCCCUAAAAAAAACGAAAGGAAACAAAUAAUCGCUUUAUUAUUCUAGUUUAAUUUUUAUAACAAUCUAAAAGUAAACAACAAUAAAAUUAUUAAAGUGAGGUUAUGCCAUCCUAAACAAUUCGAGUAAUAAUUUUGUUGUUAAUUCUAAACGAGGAUAAUUCGAAACCAACACAGUCCCCACAAAUUUGGCACAAUUGCCAGCAAAAAUGCUCAUUUUGGGGGUGUGAGUAAGGUUGUCAUUUCAGGGGACUCCUUGGUUAAUUGGGUUACAAUCCCGGAUGCGGAAAUAAUUUUUCUUAAGUUAUCAAAACCCACAAUUAGCUUCCGUUUUCCGCCGUCCUACAAUUACCGAUAAUGAGUACUGAAAGCGACAAAGACAGCCCCCCUGCCAUGAAAAAAAUCAAGCUGAACGAAUUCGAGUGUUUCCCAAUCACGUCGUUGGACAGCAUCUCGGAAGUGAUCGAAAACCCCCCACAGUGGGUGAGCCGCGUCGCCCCUUUGGCCGAGCGCAGCCCCACUGUGGUCCAAAACAUAAUUUCCGACUGUCACUGUGAUGCGAAAAAAUUCGUGCCUCGGACACGCUUAGAUAAGAGAUUCGUUCCCAAGACUUUGGUCUGUCAUGACUACAAAGGGGGCUAUUUGGAGGACCGGUUUUUGUCGAGUACGAAUAUCGGGAAUUUGUACUCGUUCUACAACUGGCAACACAUCGACAUUUUCGUUUAUUUCAGUCACCAUUUAAUCACAAUUCCCCCCUUGUGUUGGAUAAAUGCCGCUCACAGAAACGGGGUGAAGAUCCUAGGGACUCUAAUAACGGAGUUUGAGCCGGGGAAAAAAAUCUGCGAGAAGAUUUUCAAAGACGAAGACACCAUGCGCAUUUUCGCCACCUCUCUGACCCAAAUUUUAAAGAUAUUUCGCUUCGAUGGUUGGCUCCUCAACAUCGAAAACUCCCUCCAAGACACCGAAAUGCUGAAAAAGUUCGUCGCUUAUUUGGGGGUGCAAACCCACACCGACAGCCCCGGCAACCUAAUCAUCUGGUACGACAGCAUCAUAGAAACCGGGGAGCUGAAGUGGCAAAACGAACUCAACCCCCUUAACAAAUUCUUCUUCGAUAAUUGCGACGGAAUCUUCCUCAAUUACGUGUGGACCGAGGAGAACAUCCACAACUCGAUCGAGUUCGCCCAACACCGGACUUUGGACGUCUACGUGGGGGUGGAUGUCUUCGGACGCAACACUUUCGGGGGCGGCCAAUUCAACUGUUUCAAAGCCGCCCAAAUGAUCAGGAGACACAACUUGUCGAUGGCCAUUUUCGCCCCCGGAUGGACGCACGAAACCUUGCCCAAGAGCGAGAAUCGACAAAAAUUCUUCGAGGAUUUCAUCAACAGGGAUUCGGCCUUUUGGAACAGCUUGUGGCCCUAUCUCUACACACAUCCCAUCACGAGGCUCUUCAAGACCAGUUUUUUCACCGGAGUCAACCAGGAUGUCUACGACCUCUUCACUCAACACCCCCAACUCUCGAAAAUCAAGCACCCUAAAUCCCUGGAGUCGGUCCCCAACUACCAUGAGAUACCCACAUUGAGCAACAAAUGUAAUUGUUUGCAGUGUGCUUUCACCAGUACUGGUGUUAGGUGUUUAAUUACCAAAGAAUUUUUGAAUAGUUCGAUUUGUUACGUCCACCGGAUAUUCACCUGUGAUAUUUUCCUAUCAGGGGUUAUUACAGUUUACGUUUUGACGAAAUUAGUGCGAGCACAAGCCGCCCAAUUAAGUUUAAAUCUCCUCACAACGGACAAAAAUGGUACUUUUAAAAAAAUUAAAUGUAAUAGUGUUGUCAAAGAACACUUGAUUAAUAAUUGUACGUUAUUGGAAGUCAACCCCUCGAUAAACCCAUCACUUGUUAAUCACGUCGUGAGGAGUAAUGACGAUUUGUUCUUGCAUGAAAAUUUAACAAUUGCCAUUUAUCAAUUUGAUUGUUCGCCGUGUACGUUACUGGAAAUUGGAUGUACGUUAGAGGAGGGAAAAGCAAUUUAUUUGUGCGGGCUAGGAGUCGAGGAGCAUGUUCUAGUGCUCUGAUCUAUGUACCUGGACAAUACUUUCGCAACCCACUGUACAUUAAUUAACACACUUUUGUGCCAAACUGUACAUUUAUACCCAGGCGUGAAGCCCGAAUUAAUAAAGAAACGAAACCUUUAACAACACCCCAGUGUCUAAAUAAUAAUU